AUGACACAAGGACAAGCACAACAGCACAAUGGUGAGCAGAAUGAGCAGAACAGUGAGACCAACAAGCAGAACAAGCAGAACAGCAAGAACAAUGAGCACAACGGUGGGGAUGGCAACCACAGCUACGAGCAUGGCCAGCACAACGACGAAGAUGGCUCAACCACGACAAUGGCUCAACUACGACGACAGUUCAGCGACAAUGACAGCGUGAGGGGUGAAGACAGCAUGAGGACCAAGGCAAGGCAAUGUCCACGACUGGGGAGGGCAAAGGAAGGGCGAAGACCACAACGGCACGAGGAUGAAGGCAGGCAAAGACUACGACUGGGGGAAGACCACAAUGGCAUGAGGAUGAAGGCAGGCAAAGACUACGACUGGGGGAAGACCACGACAGAGGGGCCACAAUGA